AUGGUUUCACAAGACUCAACCCAGAAUCAAGCUCAACAGUUCCUGCAUCAGUUCAUUCUCUCAGAUAUUAUUUCUGGGCAAAACCAGCAUUUUGAUGAUGCCUACGAGUCUUCUGCAAAUUUAAGAAGCAGUAACACAUUGAUUUCUCACUCUCUACCUCUCCUGCCAAGCAUACAUUCUCUUGGAGACACAAUGUCUAGAUCAAUUAACAUUGGAAUCAAAACUCAUCGAUCUCCUCACCAGCCUUCCCUAUCUCUCGCGGCUUCUCACAUAUUUAUUCAGUCAACUCCACGCAAGCGCUUUCCUUGCUACUUUCUGUCUGGGGAACAUAGAUCAGAAACUUGUAAUCUAAGAGUCCAGCACACAAGUGAUCAUGAAGCAGGUAGCUCCUAUGCUUCUGCUUCUUCUUCAACCCCACUGAAUCGAUCCUAUUCAACACAGUCUUUUCCCACCGCUGUUGGGCAUUCAAAAUAUCUAAAACCAGUUCAGUCUCUUCUACAAGAAGUUGUUAACGUUGCUGGGGAAGACAUAGAUUACAGAAGUAAUGAGAAGUUUACAGGAAGCAAGUUGUAUGGAACUGAAAGCAGUAAAGGGGGUAUUCGGUUGUCUUCUGAGUGUCUAAAAGCUGAAUUUGCAGCCGAGAAACAUCAACUUGAGAUCAAAAUUGUAAAGCAGCUCGUUGCGCUAUUAGAGGAGGUUGAAGAGAGACGGGAGAAAUACUUGCACGAGAUGGAAGAGGUGGUAUCAUCAUUUGAAAUAGUAGCAGGUUCAGGAGCAGCAAAGCCUUACAUUGCUUUAGCGCUGCAAGCCAUGUCUAAGCAUUUUACCAGUUUAAGAGAUGCAAUAGUGUGUGAAAUAAAUAUCAGGAGAAGACAAUUUUCACACGACUUACCCAGACAUAUGAAUGCAAGUUUUACCCAACUUAGCUUGUCUGACGGAGAUGCCUACAGACACAGCCUUCAACAGCUAGUAAUGCUGCAAAGCCAAGGCCAAGCUUGGCGACCAAUCAGAGGCUUGCCAGAGACAUCAGUCGCAAUCCUCCGUUCUUGGCUCUUCGAACAUUUCCUCCACCCUUACCCCAAUGACUCUGAGAAGCUUAUGUUGGCAUCACAGGCAGGCCUUACCAAGACUCAAGUUUCAAAUUGGUUCAUAAAUGCUAGAGUUAGGCUGUGGAAGCCUAUGAUUGAAGAAAUGUACAGAGAGGAGUUUGCAGGAUCAUCACAAGACUCCAAUCCUUCAUUUUAG